UUAGGUAAAGUUGAAAGUGAUUUUUCUAGUAGUUCCAUAAAGCAUUGAUAUAGUCCGUUAUACUUCUACACUUUCCCCCAACUAAAUCACUAACCUACCACAUCCAAAAUGGCGACUAACAUCGUGCCUUACAACAUCGCAUUUCCACCUUCAGAAGUAAAUGAAUUGAAGCAGAGAUUGCUCAAUGCAAGGUUCCCGGGGCUCGCUGGGGAAAACAAUUGGGACCGAGGGCCCCCAAUCCGGGACAUCCGGCGUCUAGCUACUCACUGGCGCGAAUCCUUCAACUUCUCCCAGUUCGAAGAGAAAUUGAAUCAACUCAAUAACUAUGAAGCCACGGUCUCUGUAGAUGGAUUCGACCCAUUUCAGCUUCAUUUCAUUCAUCACAAAAGUGCCGCGGCAGAUGCAAUUCCGCUCUUGUUCAUUCAUGGCUGGCCUGGUAGCUUCAUAGAAGUAACCAAAAUACUCCCGCUACUUGCGAAAAGCGAUCCGGCAUUCCAUGUCAUCGCACCCUCGCUGCCUAACUAUGGAUUCUCAGGUUUAACUCCCAAGCCGGGUUUCGGCAUAAAGCAGUAUGCUGAGGCUUGCCUUAAAUUGAUGCAAGGCCUCGGCUAUGAGAAAUUCGCUACGCAAGGAGGAGACUGGGGAAGUAUUAUUUCACGAACAAUGGGAGUUCUGUACCCGGAAUCUGUUCUCGCAUUGCAUCUGAAUCUUGUAAUGGCAUCGGCACCGACCGACGUAGAUCCAGCCGAUGCAGCCCGGGUACAGGAACAACAUAAGAACUGGAUGGAGACUGGAGAUGGCUACUACAAAAUCCAGAGACAGCGACCGAAUACUAUUGGAAUCGCUCUGGCGGAUAGUCCGGUCGGGCUGUUGACUUGGAUAUAUGAUAAGCUGGUGGCAUGGACUGAUGAGUAUCCGUGGACCGAUGAUGAGGUCUGUGAGUGGCUUAGCAUUUACUGGUUCAGUCGAGCCGGUCCCGCUGCUAGUGUUACGAUUUAUCAUGAAGUCUUUCGGGGAGAAUUUAAUUUGGGCGCUGGCAUUUACCCUCCUCGUAACUCUCUCAUAGGCUUUUCGUAUUUUCCGAAGGAAAUCAUGUGUACUCCGAGCUCGUGGAAUAAGCAGCUUGGCGAUGUCGUUUUCGAACGUAAACAUGAACGUGGAGGUCAUUUCGCUGCCUGGGAAAAGCCAGAAGACUUAGUGGGUGAUCUCCGAGACAUGUUUGCUCGGGGUGGAAGGGCAUACGCUGCAUUUCAGGCGAAGCAGGCUUCUGGCCAUAGGCGCGAUGUCAGUCUGUAGAAAUCGUGAACUUGCCGAUCUAUGCGUCGACGCCCGAUAACCUCCUAUUUGAAGGCGAAUUAUGCGGUUUUGCCGUUUUAACCGACAAAGAUGUCGUAGAAACUUGGUUACAACACACG